AUUCAGGCUGAGGAAAAAUCAAGGUUGCAACUUUCAGGUUUCGAUGUAUCAUCCAACGAGGGGAGGUGUUCGCGGUGGUCGAGAUCAAUUCAGUUGGGAUGAAGUCAAGGCUGAUAAAUAUAGGGAGAACUAUUUGGGUCACAGUAUCAAAGCCCCUGUUGGAAGAUGGCAAAAAGGUAAAGAUCUUCACUGGUAUGCUAGAGAUAAAAAGCAAAAGGGUUCUGAGAUGGAUGCUAUGAAAGAGGAGAUUCAAAGAGUUAAGGAACAAGAGGAACAGGCCAUGAGGGAGGCUCUUGGCUUGGCACCAAAGUCCUCUACAAGACCACAAGGAAAUCGCCUUGAUAAGCAAGAGUUUACUGAACUUGUCAAGAGGGGUUCGACAGCAGAGGACUUGGGUGCAGGGAACGCUGAUGCUGUGUGGGUUCAUGGCCUUGGCUAUGCAAAAGCACCACGACCUUGGGAAGAUCCGAGCACCCUUGCAUCCUCUCAGAAAGAAGACGCAGAGCCAGUACAUUUGCCAGCAGAUACAUCAGGGGUCAAAACUGUUGAAGAUGGACCGGAUAAUGUUGAGAGGGACCAAAAGAAGGAUAGGCGUGAGGAAAGGAAACCUGCAAAGAGAGAGAAGGAAGACAGACAUGAUAGGCGUGAAAAACGCGAAAGGCAUGAGAAGCGAAGUACUCGUGAUUCAGAUGAUAGAAAGAAGCACAAGAAAGAGAAGAAGGAGAAAAAGAGGAGGCAUGACUCUGAUUCUGAUUGAAGUGAACUGUACCAGGAUGGAUCUUUUUGCUCUCCGGAGGAAGAGUGGUCGGUUCUUGUUACCAAAAUCCAGAUACCACUUCUGCAAGAUUUAAAUCUGUUGCUCAUUUCAUUUUCGAAUCAUGUGGAGUAAAGAAAGAAAACUAUC